AUGUCUCAAGAAAGGGAUCCUCUACUAGGACACAGGCCUACGGGUCAAAAGAGCCUAUUCAAGUACUUGUGUUGCGAAAUCGAUCCUGCCCAUGGCGACCUCCUACUGCUUUUCUGCUACAUCAUCACCGGCCUGUUGGACAGCUCGGCAGUGUUUAUAUGGGGCUCAUUCGUGAGCAUGCAAACAGGCAACACUGUUUACUUUGGACUCGGUCUUGUCGGCACAGAUGACGAUCGCUGGAUCAAAUCCGGUGUCUCCAUAGCCGGUUUCUGUUUUGGCUCGCUUUGCUUCGCCGCCUUCCAUCGUCUGUUCCCAGCCAGGCAGCGAUGGGUUCUCUGUGCCUCUUUCCUUGCUCAGAUGCUGUGUGUCACCCUUGCUGCUAUCCUCGUUACCGUUUAUCGCCCUUCGCGCGACGCGCCUUUGACUUGGCUUGUGCUUGUUCCGCUUGCCUUGGUCGCUUUCCAGAGUAGUGGGCAGGCCGUCACUAGUCGCGUCUUGCAAUUUAAUGGCUUAACCAGUGUUGUUCUUACUAGCAUCUACUGUGAUUUGUUCUCGCAUCCGGACUUUCUUUCUCCCAGGGUUAUUCGCCAUGCGGAGGAAAUGCGACGUCUAGGCGCCGUAUUAUGCCUUUUGCUUGGUGUCAUCUUAGGUGGACUCUGGGCUCAUAGCUCGGUGGGGCUGAUGGGAGCGCUGUGGACUGCUGCCAUCUUGAAAGGAUUUAUUGUUAUUGCAUGGUUAGCGUGGAAAGGGAAGGAUGAGGAGUAA